UCUCAGAAAGGAAUAAAACAUCAAAUGCGGCAACGUUGUGAGAGUUUUUGAAUCUAAUGCGCCUGCGGAAACUACCAACAUAAUUUCAAGCCGUAGUAAUUUACCGGUUUCUGGCUAACGCUUCUGAUGACGCCAAGUGCGACAUCAGAGAAAAUUACUUCUGAGACUAAAUUUAUCAUUCCAGACUCCCAUCGAAGACUUUUAGUUGCCUGCAAUGAACUCAUCACCAUUUUGAGCAAUUUCACUGAAUUUUAAAAGAUUCCUGAAUAUCUAGAGGCCCAAAAAGCUUUGGCUGAUGCGAGAAGACAUUUGCCAAAGCAAGAAAAAUUACGCCACAUGUGCUAACUAAUUUUAUAUGAUUAUCUUUUAUUUUUUGUCCUGUUAGAUACAAUGAAUAUUCCAUUAUACAAUGUUUAUGGUCAAUCAAUGGCCUCAACAGGUUCAGAAGUUUGUGCCCCUUACAACAAUGUUAGUGUCACUCCAAGAACAACAGUGGAUUACUUUUCUUACAACUCUAUUAAUGCCCCACCAGGACCCACUUAUGAAAAUAUCAAUGCAGUCCAGGCACAAAAAAAUUACUUCCCUUACAAUAAUGUUACUGUUACCACCAUGACAAGAGAUUAUCUUCAGUAUACUAAUAUCAGUGCCCCUCCAGAAAUGCAACAAGAUAUGCCAGUUUACAACAAUAUUUCAACAGGAGCUGAAAACAUUGCAUAUUACAGUGACUACAAUUCUGAUACUCCUUAUAAUUAUGAUGUGUUGGAAACUAGAAAUGAUUCCCCUUUUAGUAACUCAAGUGAAACAGAUUAUACACCUUAUGAUAAUUUUGAUUCCAAAUGUGUAUUAUAUAAUGAAAAAGAAGAUUAUGUGUAUACUUAUGAUAAAUUGAUAAUUAACUCGUGGUCAGCAAGUACUUUAAUUUCCCCUAAAAAAAGUCUAACGCUGCAUCAUGUAAAGGCGAUACUACAGCAAUGUAUAAUCAUAUCAGAUAUUCUGAAGAUAGAAUCAAAGCUUACUGAACAAUCAGCAAGUAUGGAUGAGAAUAUGUGGAGAAUGAAAAUUAAUAAAAUGAAACUGUUAACAAAACAGUAUAACUCUCUGAUAAGUGAGCUUAGAGACCCAAAUAUAAUGAGUUACGUUAAAAGGCUAGUUGAUAAAACACGGAAAAAGAGAAUAAACAGAAAAAAUAGAAAAAUAAGGAUAGUUGCAGAGAAACAAGAGGAGCUGUUACAAAGUAAAAUUCGGGAGAAAGAAAUUGACCAUUGGUUAGCAGGCAUGAAGGAAAAGGCUAAUAAGAUCAAGGAGAAAGAAAAAAAGAAGAGGGAUGCAGAUUGUAUACUAAAGGAAGUUAUUAAAAAAAAGUUAGAAGCCAGAAAGCAAUUGUGUCUGAUUACAGCUUUAAUUAAACUUAGGAAUGUCAGGACUAAUAAGGCACAGCAGGAAGGUACGAAGUUGACAUUGGAGGACAAGCAAGGUUUUAACAUUACCACAGAGAAACUGAUAAAAAUUUGGGGAAAUUUGUUAAAAAGGUACAGCACCGAAGAACAAAAUUUGCGUACAAUGUUGGAAAAGACUGCUUUAGAAGAUUCAAAAAGGGCACUUAUGAAAAAGCAUAAACAACAUUAUGAAGAAUGGAAAAUAGCAUUAUUUGGGAAUACAAAAGUAGAACAAGAAGAUCAGUUUCUGUAUUGGUCUUUAAUGGCUGCAGAAUGUAACAUGCAAACGUUUAUAGCCAUUCGUAGGAGUUGGGACACAUUUUUAGUUGAUGAAAACAGUAAUGAUGGUUCUAAAAUACCAAUAGGUUGGGUAGUCCCUGACGAGGAACCAAAUGUUCUGUGGGCUAAAUUUCUAAAUAAGUAAUCCUUUGUUGUAUAUAUAUAUAUAUAUAUAUAUAUAUAUACAUAUAUUAGAUAUAUUAAUUAUACUGUUUUCUUUUGUUAUGUCAUUUAAUUCAA